AUGAACGGUCUCCUCACAUCGAUCAUCUUCUUCAUAACGUUGUACUCGAUUUUGAAAAACUCUUUCAACUCGAAUCGACACUAUCAACUCGUUCAGCUUAAUAUCUUGAUCUCUGCUCAACUCUGCGAUAUACUGAUUGCUGUUGGAGAGCCAGUGGUGUGCGUUCCCCAUUUGACAAUAUUGCUUCUAACACCUUUGCAAGGUCCAAUGCCAGUAGGGCUAGCUUUUAUGUCCUUGGCCGCCUUUGUGACAAUCGUUCUCCCGUACACGUUGAUGAUCAUAAUCAUUGCUCGUUUCCCUCUACCGGAGACAAUUGGUGGAAUUGCUCCAGCAAUCGCUGCUCUCCAUUCGCUUGUCAACAGUUGUAUCAUUUUGGUGACCACUCGUUUCAAUCGGAGAAUGUUUCAACGCUUCAAGACUCAAGUCACAAAACAACUCCGUCAAACU